UGAAGAGCACACUGGAAUGGUCUUUCAUUAUCAGUCUUUUAUUUUUAUCAUGAACAAAAUAUGCAUUCACCUGUGUCUUCUUUCUGUGAUCAAUACUGUGGUGACAACAUCUCUGUACAUAAAAGGCCACGUUGGAGAAAAUGUCACAUUCACGUGUUCAAACUGGAAUAUUGAAUUUGAUGAAAAGUCUUACGUGAAGUACUUCUGUAAAGUGCCGUGUACACAAGAGAAACACGUCCUCCUCAAAGUGAAACCUGGGACAACUGCAUCUAAAAGCAGAUUAAAGCUAAAGAACAGUGAAGAAGGUUUGUCUGUGACAAUCACUGACCUCCAGAGGUCAGACUCCAUGGAUUACUAUUGUGGACUGGACAGAAAUGGCCUUGAUUCAUACAUCAAGGUGAUUCUGGACGUUACAGAUGCUGUCCCUCCACCUCAUAGAACAACUCCUACAGCAGUCAUCGUCACAGCAACUGUCCUCCCUCAUGUUGUAAACACUUCCUUUUUGUCUAUAGAUGGAUCAGUGAUGAUGACCACUGAAGAAGUGACAGCGGUCACAUUUACUGACGAUGCAAAUUCCACAACAGUAUCUACUACACCUGUGAAACAAGGACUUGCAUGA